CCAACGGUACCGCAUGUGCCGCUAGCUGCUCCGCACAAAGUAAACAGCGACGCGAGGAAACUUACCGUGUAGUGUUAUGAUGCAAACUUGUGUUUACCGAUAUUGGACGGGGUGAUUUUUACAGAACUUGUGAUUUUUAACAAACUGAAGGAUCCAGUGCAGUGUUAAUUAGCAUUUGAAAAUGCCGAAGAUUUUCCUUAUAAAGAAGCGGCUGCAUGAGCAGCAACUAGAGCUACAGGAGGGUCAGGAGCUUCUAAGCAAAGGUGACCCACUCUGUCCUGGCUCUCCUCUCGAUGACGGUCCUAUACCGCUCCUCUCCAAAAAGGAUAAGGAAUGCGUCGAUCGUGACGUAUUUGGUGAAAAUCAUAGCGAAAAAAAUGCUCAAGAACGACGUACAAAAGAACCUAGGCGAUUUAUAUCGUCAAUCUUAGGGGGAGAAAUCCCAUAUGGUAGCCACAGGGGACAUGUACUUACGCAAGCAGAACGGAAGCAAUACUUACCAGUAUUUCUCGAUGAUAAAAAAUCUGAUGGCAAACCUUUAAUUAAGGAGGAAAAAGAUUUAUUAGAGAGCGAACCCGUAGUCCUUCCUUCCAGAAACUCGCCGUCCCCGGAAUCAACACCUUCUCCUGGUAUUGACAAUAAUGUCACCUGCCAAAAAGUUUCUGUUAUACAAAGGACACCGUCACAAUCACAAUUUCGUGAUAAUAAAAAAGAUUUAUCGAAUGUUACACUACCAGCCACAUUACCCACUACAGAACCUGAACAAGAUCAACCAAUCGAUUAUGCUAUUGCAAAAAAAAGAGGAGAAACUGAAGAUGAAGAAACUGAAAAAAAAAUUAGAGAGCAAAGACGAACAAGCAGUUCUAAAAUUGCAAACGGCAUUUUAGCUAGGCCCGUAUUAGUUUUACGAAAUCGUCCUGGGAACAAAGUACCAGGAAUUAUUAAUGCAGCUGCUGGUCACGGGCGAUCUACUGGUGGAAAUGGUUCAAAUGGCAACUCACAAAACAGUGGAGGUUCAGGGAGUUUCAGUUCUGGUACAGGUAGUGCAGCCCCAUCAUCAGGCGGAGGUGGAGCUUUAGGAGGCGGUUCAGGUAGUGGUGGCAAUGGCCGUGACGGUAGAUCUAAUUACGGUCCGAACAGUCCUCCAACUGGUAGUCUUCCUCCAUUUUAUGAAACCCUAGGACCUUCCUCUAAAAAUGGUCAAAACACAUACAAUGCUAAUGGUAACUUCUCUAAUGAAUUUAAUAUUAUCAAUGGUUUUAAUAUGGAUUGUGAAAACACUGAAAAUACAAACACCACUUUCCCUGAACAGAGUAAGCAAUAUUCCUUAAUGCAGAAUGCUCAUUAUGGAUUGGCCCUUAAAGAUGAAGAGAUUGAUUAUGAAAAUAAAAUAGAAAAUCUUGGUGCAAUUGGCAAUUAUGGUAGUAACUUUGACGAUUCUAUGGUUGUAGAUAUGGGGGAAGAUGUUAUAGAUAAUAAUCAAUUUUACACUACAUUGACUUUUGCACCAAAUGAAGGAAUAUUGGGAAAUCUUUCCGAUUCAACGGAAGAUUUUGCGAGUUUACUUAAUAAUCAUGUGGAAUCAAUAACGGAUUCUGAGCUAAGAGAAUCAUCUUCAAUAACACCCGACUCCGUUCAUAAUGCUGUCGAUAUUGAAUCGCUGGCAGAACAUGUUAGUCUUAGCAGACAGUAUUAUGAAAAAGCGAAUUACUUAGCAUUUGCAAGCCAAGAUCAAAGCUCUACAUACAAUUUCGCUAAGGAACGACCAGACUUAUUAAUGCAGUUAAAUCCAGCUCUUCUUCAACACAAUGAAGGUCAAAUGCAACAGCUUCAAAUUCAUGUUCAGCUUCAACAAAGACAACAAAUAAUUUCGCCUGGCUUUCCAUUCUCAAAUCAUGCUUUGGAUCUGGAUUCGCCAACAGGAGUUUCACUGCCGUCACCGGGAGGAAACAAUUCUUUGGAUGGCAACAAUCACAUCGAGAACUCCGCUCUCAGCCCUGCUGCUGCUGUAAGUCUCAAGAAUGGCUCUGUCAACGAUAGCAAAAUUCAAAUCUUGCAGCAACGGUUAGGACUGCCAGCUGAACUGCCAUUAGAAUUUAUUAAUGGCGGGCAUGGUGUUAAGAAUCCUUUAGCAACUGAAGCAAAUGCUAGGCAAAGAGAAGAAGAAAAGAAUAAGCAAGUACUAGUUAGCGAAGACGACCCGACCAAAUUUGUUUGUCGAGUAUGCUCAAAGAACUUCAGCCUGCAAAGACUUUUAAAUAGACAUAUGAAAUGCCACUCUGACGUGAAACGAUACCUAUGCACUUUUUGUGGCAAAGGUUUCAAUGAUACUUUUGAUCUUAAGAGGCACACUAGAACACAUACAGGAGUCCGACCAUAUAAAUGCAACUUGUGUGAAAAAUCUUUUACCCAAAGAUGUUCUUUAGAAUCCCACUGUUUGAAAGUGCACGGAGUUCAACAUACCUAUGCGUACAAAGAAAGAAGAACUAAGAUGUACGUGUGUGAAGAAUGCGGUCACACUACAUCAGAACCUGAAGAACACUACAUGCAUCUUAAAAAGCAACACCCUUAUUCUCCAGCUUUGCUAAAAUUUUACGAUAAAAGACACUUCAAAUUUACAAACGCAUCCUUCGCCAAUCAGCUUUUGGGCCAGUUGCCUAUGCCAGUUCAUAAUUAAGAAUAUCGGUUAUUGUAACCUAUUUUGUACCGUUUGAAAGAGUAUUCACUAACCUAUUACUAUAAACUGACCUUCGGUACAAAAUUUGGAAAGAAAAUAAUUUAUUCCGUCCGCAUAAAAAGCAAUUUUGAAAGGAUUUAAAAAUCCCAGUGUGUGUGAAAUUUUAACUCACACAAAUAAUUUUUAUUAUUUAUCGAAUACGCUGUCUUCCAAACUUAAUGUAGGUAUUAACUCAAUUUGUAACCCAUCUGCGAUUUAGGUUCAAAUGAGGAACACCGAUCUUACGUUCCAUAAUAGAAUACCUUUUUUUUAUCAGUCAAGAAAAUCCACUAGCCUUAAUAAGGAGGCGCGACUGCAAGUAGAAAUCAAAGUAUCGGGUAUUAUGUGCAAUCUUUGGUGAUGGUACGGGAUUUAUUUUAAGUUUAGUUAUAAUAUUAGUAGUAACGAUUAACUUAAGUUGAUAAACAUUUGUAAUGUUAAUAAAAUUAUUGUGAGUUUCAUUUCAAAUCAGCGUUAAUUUUAUUUAAUUGGCUUGUCGGAUGGUGCUAAAUAUAUGUAUUCAAAUUUUCACUGACUUGAAACGAAACGAUUAUGAUUCGGAUGACUGUUUUUGUCCAAAUCAUAAAUAAAUCAAUGCCAAUAAGGUCUUGAAAUAACUCAACAUAAGGAAUAAGGAAUCUCUUUCCUCGUUUAGUGAUAUUAGCUUCUAAUCGUCUCUCAAAAUAAUAACACAAAUCAUGUCACAAGUUUUAUGUGUUAUGUACUUAAUGUUAUAUUUUGUCUUUGUUGGUACUUACGAUGAUAUUUUUUUGUAAACUUUGCGAUAUCCUCCAAGGAGUUGCAACCAAAAGUCGUACCAAGUUUAAAUGCAUUUUUAGAUUUAUUUAUAUAAUUUAAAUUAUAGAAUUGUUUGGAUACAGUCUGUGCUGUGAGUGUGUUUGAGAAUUAUAUAAUUGUUUAAUUAAGUUAUUAUGUGCGUUGAUUGUUACAGCAUAACUAAACAUCGAGGUAAAUAUUGUGAAUCGCUUUUAUUCUGAAAGUAAUUUUUAUUUUGUGUAAUACUACUAUGCUCAAUUUUUUGAUUAAAUUGCGCUUUCACAGCGAAGCUUGUGGGUACAAUGAGAAAUUGUAAAUAUGUCUAAAUUAGUGAAUAGAAGUAAAAUUAGUAAAAAUAAUUUUAUCUAAAUACUUUAGUAGUACCUAAUUAGUGUAUAUGAGAUUUUAAAAAAAGUUAAAAUUGUUAUAGUAUUUUUUACGAUUGGAUAGGAAUUGAGAGAUCUGAACGUUUAUUUAAUAUAUCGGCUUAUCGUAUGAUUUUGUUCCAUGAUAUUGUGAUAGCGCAAUGCCUUGGUUUAACCUACACGUCUUUUGCAUUUAUUAGCAUUUUGAGUCCAAUCUCAAGUUGUAGUUUCAUGUUUUUUGGAAACUCUCUUGUUAUUCUGUACUGAUAAGCAAUAUAUACAAAUUAAAACAUU